AAGAAAGAUAUGCACAGCUGCGCAAAUUUUCGUUUCCCGCAAGGAAAAAAGAAAAGAAAAGAAAAACGCACACCAACCCAGACCUCUUUGCACGAAACCAGCAAAGCAAGCAGUUGCGUCUCCGUCGCUCUCUCCACUUUCUCCGUCCCCGCCUUGCGUCUCUCAGAUCUUCCCAGACAUCGCCGGUGGCCGUCGUCUAGCCUGAUUCUAGUAUCCUCUGUGUUAAUUCGCGGUUUCGCCCGCCGCGUUUAUAUUGACUUCCUCGGAAUCGGAGGGGAAGAGGAAACAGUUCCAUGGCUCUGUAUAGGCGGUUUGCUCAAUCGGGAGCUCACCUCGUCAAAUUGCGCCUCCUCGAUGCUUCUUCUUCGAGGAGUUCAUCCCUCGCCGGGAAGUUGGAGCAUAGUAGACAUAUAUCCGACCUCGCCAGAACUAAUGGCGCCAACCGUGCUUUCCUCGUCGAUACAUUGGCCCUGGUAAGGAGGUUGGAAUCGCAGGACGUGCCCUCAAAGCAAGCUGAGGCGAUCACUCACGCCAUCAUUGCAGUGUUGAACGUUAGUUUGGAGAGCUUGUCGCAUUCUUGUAUCUCAAAGGAAGAAAUGCAGAAGAGUGUAAUGCUUCUAGAAUCGAACCUAUCGAAGUUCAAAUCUGAAGUCAACAGCGCUCAAGUAGCGCGCGAAAUGAUUCAAGAAUCCACCCUCUCCAAGUUCCAGAACGAAAUUCAAUCGGACUUGUCAAAGUUCCAAACCGAUACAAAGGGCUCUCAGGAUGAUCAUUAUGCUACAUUGCAACGCGAAAUCGAGAAGCUUAAAAAUCACAUAGACAAAGGGCACAGUGAACUGAGGUAUGAAAUUGACAAGGCAAAUGCUGGUCAGCGGUUGGAUUUAAAUCUCGAAAGAGGGCGGAUGCGAGAUGAGCUAUCCAAUCAGAAAGCAGAAACGACCAACCUGACUAACACGCUUGAUCGGCAGGAAAUUCAUGCAGUACGAGCUCAAGUGGAAGCAGCAAAGUACGACAUCGCCAAAUACUGCAUAGGUACCCUUGCCUCGAUGGCCGCCAUGGGUCUCGCUGUCGUCCGCAUAAUGUUGUAGGCACCCUAAUGAUCCAAAUCCAACUAACUCAAUGUAUGAAGCGUAUUUGAAGAACUUCCAUUCUUAUCUUACGGGCUACCAUUAUCCCGAUGGCGAACCAAACUCAACGCGCUAAUUAGACAGUGCCAUUGAUGAUUGACAGCACCCAUUGUUAGUGUCAUUUUAGAAGGGAUCAUUUGCCUCCUGGCUUUUCCUUGUUUCAUUUGGUGAACUGGUGUUGUUAAGAAGCUGAAACCAAAAGACGUUUUAGUAUCCCUGUGCUUGUGCAGAAUUUCUGGAUAUAUAUUUGAAUGAAUUUGAAUGAGAGACAUUCGAGUUAUAACACUUUGAUGGUAGAACAAGAACGCAGAAGAUAAUUACGAAUGUGUCAUGU